GUGUUGCAUGCCCGGCCCCCCAUGUGCUAAACGGGUAAACGUAUUGUGUGAGACCGGAGUUAGAGUAGUGAGAACUGACGAUAAAUUUCACUGAACAUUUUAACCGAAAUUCCACACAAAGAUGCCGUUUUUGGAGGACUUUUUCUUCUACCCGGACUACUAUGGGUUAGUCAAGAUGUUCGUAACUGAGAUGCCCGAGUAUUACCGCACAGAACCCGUCCAUCCGGAUGGUUUUGCGGGCGAAGUUCGUACCUACUGCAAGGCGAAUUGGAGCGAUCUGUAUUUGGUCGUGGUUUUGGCGAUCACAUGGACGCUGCUACGGUAUCUUCUAACAUGGUCGGUCUUCAAGCCAGCCGCCAUUGCCUGUAAUCUAGUGCAGGGCAGCAUCGAGAAGAUGCCAGAAAGUGCCUGGCGCUUGUUUUUCUACGCCACGUCUUGGUCCUUUGUGGCUUACGUUGUCUUUACCGCCGAGUUUGAUAUCUUUGGGGAUCCACCAUCUGUCUUCAAAGGGUGGUAUCCAGGCAUUGAGGUGCCCUCGUUAACGUACUGGGCCUAUGCAAUCCAGUGCAGCUUUUAUCUGCACUGUUUCUUCGCCACCAUAUUCCUGGAUGUCUGGCGGAAGGACUCGGCAAUGCUCGUCCUGCAUCAUGUACUCACACUCAGUCUCAUCGGCUUCUCGUAUGCAGCUAGGUAUCAUAACAUUGGUAUUCUUGUAAUCUUCUGUCAUGACUUCUGCGAUAUCUGCCUGGAGUUCUCCAAGAUCAAUAUUUACUUUAAGGUUCGGAGAGACGGCACAUACUACAAGAGUCACGAGUGGAUGGCCAACGCUGGUUUUGUGUUUUUCUCGACGUCGUGGUUCUUGUUGCGCAUGUACUGGUUCCCUCUAAAGGUUCUGUACUCAAUCCUCCCAUCGACCGCCAAAGUUUACUACGACAAUCAUCUCCCAUUCGGCGUUGAGUUUAACGCUAUGUUAUGGACACUACAGGCGAUGGACAUCUACUGGUUUACCUUUAUUUUGGUCUUCUUGGUGAAGAUCGCGACCGGUCAGAUGCAGGAGCUGGAAGACAUCAGGGAAGAAGAAGAUGAAGAAUUUACAGCAUUAAAAAGGAAGAGUAGUUUUUUGCAGAAAACUGAAGACAAGGAGCCUGUCAGUAACGGUGUUGUUGAGGGGUCAGCCAAGAACGGAGACAGCCUGAAACAACGCAGGCCACAUAAAGACGUGAAGAAUGGCAAGGAUGGCCAUUAGGGGGCGCUCUUCAUCAAUGUGGAUGAUUGAUGCAGUCUGAAUACUAUUUUAAUUUAGCAAUGAGGAGACUGCGCAGGACUUGAGCAUGAAGGCAUCUUAAAAAACACGUGUAAUCUAGUUUUAUAAGACUACUAACCGAAAGAAUAAAGGCCGGGUCACACUGCAGUGAUAUCGAAAAUGAUAAUGAGCGAAGAAAACGCAUUAUAUUGGUUGAAUUGCUCCACGCAGAAUACACUCUAGCUUUAUUCAACCAAUCGAUUAUCGUUUUCAUUCUCAAUAUCAGGGCCUGGUUGACCGGGCCUUUACUCUUUCAGUCCCCGGUGGAAGUUUCAGGUAUUUUUCAGUUGUGUUUUUACCUCAGCAAAGCGAGUUUAUAAAUUCUGACCUUUGACCCCACACUUGUGUGUGACGUGAUUGAGUAACUCUAAAGAUAAUCAUGUGUGUCUGUAAUUAUUGGAAAAGCUAGGUGGUAGAAGACUUGCCGAAUAAACCCAUUGUUUGCGAAAAUAUGCGCAUGCUCAGAAUGACUAGAACCUCGAUUUCAUAAAGUG